UACCGAUGGACUUCUCAAAACAUUCCCUGGAUGAUCAAUAUAAAGGCUGCAGAAACAAAAUGUUACAAAAAGUUCAAAAGGUUUACCUGCCUAGAGAACUGAAACAGAACCCAAAAUUUAAUUCCGCCUGGUCCAACGCAAAAUCGGCAAUGAAAUCCAAAUCUCUGGGAUAUCUGACUCUAGAACAAGCCACUGCCAUCUACGCUUACACAAUGCCAGGCGUUUACAGUGACUUCAACACAGCGGGCGUUUCCAAGCCCACAAGCGUGGGCAAGGGUAAAACUGUCCCCUUCGGCCAGUUCACCUCCACUUCACGAAGCCUACAAAAAGCCAUGCAUUUUGGAUCCGGAACAAUUUUCCACAUGCGCACAUGCCAGGGCGCAUCGAUUCAAAGUUAUUCGAUGUUCCCAACUGAAGACGAGGUGCUGGUGCCGCCAUUCGAGAGGUUCCGAGUGGAGGAUUUAAAGAAUCAGUCCUGGAUUAGUCAUUCACCAACAGCUGUUUAUUGA